ACUCUUAUUUAUGGGGUGGUGGGAUAACGUCGGGUGGUGGGAUGACGUCGGGUGGUGGAGGGCCUGGGGCCCCCCUUAAAAAUGAGCUAGACACGCACGUGGACCAUUGAACAGGAUGGCUCCGUCCAGGCGGAGCUGGUCUCCUCCAACCAAUCACAGCGGCCGAGGGCGUGGGCGUCAGUCUCUUUUUAUAGCUGCAAGUCUGCGCCUGUGACUCAUCGUCUCUCAUUCGGCGCGUUUCGUCGGGCUCGAUCUUUCGUAACGCAGUUGUUACCGGAUAUACUUGGACCCACGAGAUUCUCUCUCAUUGCCCGACAGGAUUGAGAUGUUCCAUUUUAGGUUCUCCACAGUGCUGAAGGAGUUGUUUGAAGCCACCGUCCAUCGCCCCUUCCCCGGGUCCAGGCAGAGGAGCUGGUUACCGACCCGCCACCACCGCUGCUGCUGCGUCAGCGCCGCCUGCGUUGGUGCCGGAGCCGGUGCGGGGUCUGCGCCGCUGAAGGCUCUGCAUGCUCCGGCUCUCCACGCCGUGACUCUCCGCGCCGCCGCUCGCCGCUGCGCGUCCGGCGCCGCCCCGUUCCGCUCCUACUGCGCUAAAAGCGAAGGCGCCGCCGCGGUGUUGGACGAACAGCCGAAGAAAGACGGAGCCGACGGCGAAUCGGCCGCUGACAAGAGAAGAAAUGCAGGAAUUCUUCCCAGUUUGGAGGAUUUGCUCUUCUACACAGUCGCAGAAGGCCAAGAGAAGAUUCCUGCUCACAAGUUUCUCACAGCUCUGAAAGCCACCGGGCUUCGCACUGGGGAUCCCAGGCUGAAGGAAUGCAUGGAAACCUUAAAAGAAACUCUAAAGAACACUUCAGACGGCGUCACACUGGACAGGCACCUUUUCAAGAAGUGUGUCCAGAGCAACAUUGUCCUGCUCACGCAGGCCUUCCGCAAGAAGUUCGUCAUCCCAGACUUCCAGUCCUUCACCUCCCAUAUCGAUGAGCUGUAUGAGAGCGCCAAAAAGCUCUCUGGAGGACAGGUCGCCGACUAUAUUCCUCAGCUGGCCAAGUUCAGCCCGGACCUGUGGGCCGUCUCUCUGUGCACGGUGGACGGACAGAGACACACCGUAGGAGACACUAAGGUCCCGUUCUGUCUGCAGUCCUGUGUCAAACCUCUGAAAUACGCCGUCGCCGUUCAUGACUACGGGACAGAGUACGUGCACAGCUUCAUCGGGAAGGAGCCCAGCGGCCUCCGCUUCAACAAGCUCUUCCUGGAUGAAGAUGAUAAGCCCCACAACCCGAUGGUGAACGCUGGUGCUAUUGUUUGUACUUCUCUGAUAAAGCAAGGUGCAAGUAACGCCGAGAGAUUUGAUUAUGUCAUGAACUUUCUGAAAAACAUGGCAGGAAAUGAAUAUGUGGGGUUCAGCAACGCCACAUUCCAGUCAGAGCGUGAGUCAGGAGACAGGAACUUUGCCAUCGGCUACUACCUGAAAGAGAAAAAGUGUUUCCCAGAGGGCACAGACAUGACGUCUGUUCUGGAUUUCUACUUUCAACUGUGCUCCAUCGAGGUGACCUGUGAGAGCGCCAGCGUCAUGGCGGCGACUCUGGCCAACGGCGGCAUCUGUCCAAUCACAGGCGAGCGUGUGCUGAGCCCCGAGGCCGUGAGGAACACCCUGAGUCUGAUGCACUCCUGCGGCAUGUACGACUUCUCGGGACAGUUUGCUUUCCAUGUCGGUCUGCCGGCCAAGUCUGGAGUAGCGGGGGGGAUCCUGCUGGUCGUGCCCAACGUGAUGGGUAUCAUGUGCUGGUCGCCUCCGCUAGACAAGCUGGGCAACUCCGUCAGAGGGAUACAGUUCUGCACGGACCUGGUGGAGCUUUUCAACUUCCACAACUACGACAACCUGAGGCACUUUGCCAAGAAGUACGACCCUCGCAGGGAAGGAGGGGACCAGCGGCAACACUCCUACGGACCCAUGGAUUAUGAGAGCCUCCAACAAGAGCUAGCUUUGAAAGCCCCUCUUUGGAAAAAGGUGUCCCCCACUGAGUCGCACCAGGACAGCUCCACCACUGUAGUCUAUAGGAUGGACAAUGUCGCCGAGUGAAACUUUAACAAAGCAAUAAUAAUAAUAAUAAGGACACCACACCCCCUCCCUCCCUCCCACCCACCUGACCCUUUUCUCUCCACUUCUUGCAACAACACCGUCAUCUUUCCUCACCCCCAAAUAUUUAUAUAUGAUAAGUUAUGUAGAGGAUUAUUUAUUGUUUGUGAAGUGGUGACUGUGUGGACGGGCUGGGAACAUUAUUAUUGUUUUUAUUUGUGCUGCAAAAUGGGAUGAGAUCCUGUUUCUUUUCAUUUUUAUUUUAAAGGAGCCUCCGCCUCCUGGUUGGUUUCAUGUGUAGGAUCUGAUGUACAGUGUACAGGUUGUGCUUUUAAGCUAAACCCUCUUUUUUUUUUUUUUUUUUUGACUCAAUGUUUUAAAAUGUAGGCUAAUGGAUGCUUUUUAAACUUACUUUUAAUUGAACCAAAAACACUCACCUGGACCUGGAACAGGCUUUAGAGCAGACUUCUUUAAAGGUAAAUUCAGAUGGAUAUCUGUGAAUGGUUGGUCACUGUAGCUCACACUGAGGAUUAAAACCCAACAAACCUAACUUAUGUACACAUGCAUUAGAUUUAAAUGCCUGUGUUUUGGGAUUAUUGAGGGGUUUUGGUUAAAUGAGAGCAUGUCGAUGCGUGGCCACGUUUCCACUUUAGGAAAAAUCCUAAUUCUAAAAGGAUUUUAUUGAUGCAGAGCUUGUUGAUUUUAUUUUAAUUUUUUAAACCUUCUGAUUAAAAACGAUCCGCAGUCGGGACGAUGGAGCAGACGUUGAUAUAAACCCCAGACUGUGGCUGCAGGAGACUCUAUAUAUCUUUAAUAUUCAGGUUACAACACAACAUAGACGUUAACAACUGUUAAGAGUCUGAACUUAAAAACUCUACAACGAGAAACCAGUUUGACGGAGAUGCCAUGAGUGUAUGUGUGUCCAGGUUACAGUUAAUACAGAAUCUAAAGGAAUUGGUUGUGUUUAUAGUCCCAACAAAGAAACAAGGGCUGUGCUCGAGUUCGAGCCCGUUAUGCUUCUGACUUGAGAUGCAAAAAGAGUGCAUGUGGUUAUUUGUUUAGCUUGUGAGCGUAGCCGGGAUGACUUCAGUGGGUGUGUGUUCAGAGCUGCAGCCUCCCUGCAGGUGUUCAACCUCUGUAGCACCUGCACCAAAAAGAAGCCAGCUCUGAGUUCUCGCUGCAGACUUGACAAACUGUUUGCGCAACCGAAUGCGUCACGAACCCGUAGUGUCCACAGCAUGUCCCCCGUCUCUGCCGUCACUGAACGUUACACCAUGUUGUGACUCCUCCGCUGUGACCGGGCGGCUGCGCUCUGUCCACCGGCUUUAUCUGCUUUUCAGAACCACCCUCUGCUGUUUGCACAGAAACGGGACUCGUUUAAUCUGUUGAUGCAGCGAUCGAUAAGAGACCCGGUGGUUUAAAGCACCCGAGGUUUGCAGGAAAUUCUGAGCUUGCACAUGUAGAGUUUAUGUGCCUGGAAUGUGCCUUUAGCAAAGACAAACUGAAGUUCAGAUGUGCGGAUACUAUUUUAAGUGCUGCAUCUUUUUACCUUGGACUAAAAAAAAAAGGUCCUCAAAUGAGAUUUCUUAGAUUUAUGUUUAAUACUAAAGAUCCAGUUUAUUUGUCAAAUUAUUAAUAGAUGCUCUAAAUUUGCAGCAGUUUGCUUCACAGAGUCUUGACCGUGUGGACAAAUGAUUUAUUGUAGAAAAACUAAACAAAAAACACAUUUUUUGGAAGGGUAUAUUGUUCGAAGUCCUGCUAGUUUAGGCUUCACAUAGCUAGCUAAAGAUACUCUGAGAAAAUAUGUUUUAGUGCCUUUGAUUCCAUAUUGCCUGCUUUUGAUUAUUACUAUUAUUAUUAUUAUUAUAUUUUAAAUUCAGAUACAGUUCCAGAUGUUUUGUCUCACUCUGAGUUUCUUUCUCACGACUAAAGCUGCUUCUAAAAUUAUACAAAACUGAAUUACUGAAUUUAAGGAAGGGAGGAGAAGAACCUGGACACAUGAGAAUAAAUAACAUUAAACAACAAGAAAAAUGACAUAAUAUCAACGUAUUGUUGCCUAGAGAGUCGACACCAUGAGGUCAAAAACAUCUCAACACAAGUCGUUAUGAUAAAAAAAGGGAAGCGGGUGAAAGAAGGAAAAGGGAAGUGGUAAGGAGCCGUCAUAGGAUCCCAAAUGAAAUGAAAAGGUUUAUUUUUAUCCUUUUAUGCAACAUUUGACUGUUUCCGACCCAAGGAAAAAAAUGAAGGGCCUGAUUUACUAACAUCCCAAAUAAACUGUGUGCACAAGCUUAUAGACUGUGCAUGUUGUUGGUGAUCUACUAAGAUUAUUUGUGCAAUUGACAACAGGUGCAAAAGUGUUGGAGGCCUAUUUAAAGCCCUGUUUAAAUGAGGAUUUCCAUCAAUCCUCUAGAAUAUGGGAGAGCAGACUGAAUGAAAGCACAAAAUUAAAUUUGAAACCUUAGAAUUGGAGUUACACAAUCACACUGGAUGAAAUUAAUAAAACAUGUGGCUCUAAACUGGCAUCGCUGGACAGGAGAUAUGUCGCAGUUAUUUUUAUUUUUGCUUCUAUUGUUCCUUAAAUGUUGACACCAGCAGAAAACAUGGGUUUUGUUGCCUUUCGCCUCCUCCUCACAACAAUAACCGCAGAUAUUUAUGUCACUGCUGUUAAAGCCAUUUAGGACGUGACUUUCAAACUAAAUAUAGGUGCAGAAAAAAAACAGUCACUGCAGCCAGUUUUAGUAAAUCCAGCUGCAUGCACUAAAUAAAGUAUUUGCAUCUUGUCCACCCGAUAUUAUCUUCAUACUCAUGAAGCCAAACGCGCUAAAUGCCCUUUUGGUGGAUCAGCUACGUCAUUAGUUUAUGUUUAGUAAAUCAGGCCCUGAGCCACGAACUCCACCUCCACUAUUGUGUUUUGGAUCAGUAGAGAUGGAAACACAUGGAGGAAAGGUUAACUAAGGUUCAGAGAUACAAACAUUCUGUGAAAUUAACCCGACUGGCAAAAAAAAGACACAGCGCCCCCUAGUUUUUGGGAUGAAUUACUACGGACUGAUAAAUUGUUCACUACUGGUCAAAAGUUUUAGAACAGCAUCAGUUUCCUCUGGAGCUUCAUCCUACAGCAACAUAAUGACCCAAAACUUUAGUCCAAGCUCUACCAGAACUACCUCAGGAUAAAAAGUAAUGGAAAGCUUGAAAACAUGGAGUGGACCAUGGUCCAGUCUCUAGACUUUAACCCCAUGGAGCUGGUUUGUAAGAGUGAAUGUAAAGCUCCUGAUAAGUGACGCACAUUUCUGGGAACUUCUGCAACAAAAUUUUAGAGAGAAAGAAAAGUCACAAGUGCGUUCAAGUGUUAAAUCAGACAAGGAUGGUCAAGGUACUGUGAUGAGGCCAAAGUUGAUUAUUAUUUUUCUGACUUCAGUUGUUUAUUUGGUCUAUGCUUUUAUUUCAGAGUAAAAUGAGACUUUGGACUGUUCUAAAAGUUUUGACCGGUAGUAUAAAUGGCUCACACCAACAUAGGCUACUACGUGCCUAGCUAACAGCAUCUAUGCCCCGCCCCCCCUCCAUACUAUAAAAGAGGCUAAAGCCAGACUAAAGCUUUAAGUAGAUUAGCAGAUCUACAACAGGAUCCUUCUCUUGGCUGUGAAGGAAGCAAAAGUGUCAGUACGUCAUUACCUGGCACAUCAUCGAUGUCCAUCUCCGUUUGGGUUGUUAAUCAGUAUCAGUCGUCUCAGGUAGGACUGAGGCCGCUAGCGUGGACCUGAUAGUCUGGUGAACUGUAUUAAACUCGAGCGUGCACGUGAAGAUCCUCCAGCGUCUAUAGCACUGUACCAGGUCUCGUCUCAUAUCUUUUUAACGUAAUGAUGCCGAGCACCAAACCCGUGUGGACGUGGUGAAUUUUUUUGUUAUCCUGUUUUUAACCUCCUGAGACCCUGCGUCCUCAUAUGGGGACGAUGAGUUUUAGGUUUUACUGCAGCUUAUUCUGCUUCAUUUACUCUGCCAUCUAGUGGUAGCAAAGGGUCAAUACACUAAUCGAUAAAAACGCAAUCAUGACGGUCACAGGACAAAAGUGGACGAGGAACAAAACUCCAUCUAAUUCUACGGUUAAAACAUCUGUAUUUGUGGUUAUUAACGUUUCUAGUUGUGACUUAAUUGUCUCAAUUGUUUCAUAUUUUUGUUACACAUUGACUUUAUUAUAUUAUAAAUAUUGAAAUAAUCCCAGUGUCCACAUAUAAGGACAUUGUUUUUUUUUUCCUUCAAAAACUACUACUUCCGGUUGAAAGACGAUGCUGAUGACGACUUUCAUACUUCUUAGGUCCUACUGAUCCCAAAUACUGUGGAGAAAUUAAAAACACAAAAGCUCAGGUCUCAGGAGAUUAAAGUCGGAUCAGUUUUAAUCACGUUCCUGGAUCUUGAAAUGGUGACUUGGGUUUCGUUGGCGUAUUAGAAAGGGAAGGUUUCUGCUGAUUGUAAGGUUGAACCAGGCAUCGGUUGUGAGGGGGAAGCAUCAUUUGGACGUUUUGUCCGAAUGAUCUCGUGUGGUGCGAUGGAAACACGUAGCUCGUCUGGGGCUGAUGCUGGGAACUGUGUUGAAGGGUUAUUUUUGUAGACUGCUAAAUAUAUUCGUCUUGUGUUUUUUUGAAAGAAAUAGCCUCAGAUGUUUUCGUAUGCUCAGUAUGCGAACAUGCACACAACUCGUGCUGUAUUCAGUAUUGCGUGUCGUGAGGUUGUGCGUCGUGGGGACCAUGUGUUUUUACUGUACCUCUGAAUGUAAGUAGCAGCGAGUGCAUCGAAUAUACACUUCAGACGUUCCAAACUUAACACGAUCUCCAACAGAGAAAUGCUCGUACGUAGGUUUUGCUCACUGCUCUUAAUGUGUGGAUGGGUUGAAAAUGCUGAGACGACUCGAUAAAGGAAAGAAAAUAGCAAAUAAUAAAACGAAUGUCACGUCAGCUGAUGCCUUAGUUCGACGGCUGUCGACUGCGUACGAGUUUCGUGAGGUCAAAGCACUUACUGUUAUAUUACUAGUCUGUUAUUUUGUGUUACAUUCUCAUAUUUUACUCAUGGAUUUUUGUUUUUUCUGUUAUUAAGUUACUGCUCAUCUUUGUGUGGAGGUACAAACUCUUCAAAAGCCCCUGUUACCGUAUUUAUUUCCAUGGAACUGCAGCGUUUCCUGCAGGAAGUAGAGUCGAGGCAGAUUCUUAUCAUGCGUCUUGUUGCUUUCUCCUGAAUGUUUUCUAGCAGAUCCUUUUAUUUUAUUUAAUUUUUUGUUCAACAAGCACUUAGUUUAACGUUUUACAGCUAUUAAAUAUGUUUACACUCAUUUGUCAGAGCAUUGUUAGUGGCGGAGUCGGACAUUCCUGCGCUGUGUUUCCUCCCUAAGAGGAGAAAUCAUAUCUGAGCCGGGACAAGUACAGCUGCAAAAAAAAACUAUAGGUGGUAAAUGUAAUUACAAAGAGAUGAAUCAACAGAGAGACAGUCUGCGUUGUCUUUAUUAUUCUCCGAGGGAUGAUGAAGGCAGCUCUGCUGUGUGCUUUAGUUAUUCUCUGUUAAAUAGAGAGCAGAGGGCGGUUUUUACCUCACAUUCCUCAUUUCAGUAUUUCAUCUCAGGCGCUGAAGGAGGCUGCACAGUUUCCUUUUUCCUUCAACCUGUCUGGGAUCUAUCUGUGCGAUUCCUUUCUGGAAAACCUCCGUAGCAAUUUUAUAAAGUUUUUUGUUGUUUGUUUUUGCUACGGUGUCAGUUUCCCUCUCACUGGCACAAAAUCUUAAAUACAGGAAGUAAAGGACACUGAUUCGACCUUAUUUCAACCAAUCAGGACUGAUGAUGAUAUCCUCCUCCUUCACUUUGCCUUUUUCAAAUCACAAAUUUGACUGUGCAUGGAGAAUGUGCUAGAUUAAUUCCUGGAAACCUUCUCUCAGCCCUCGGAGUUUAAUCAUUACAAUCAAAUCCACGACACUGGGGCUUUUGAAUGCAGUUCGUAUUUCUGUGACAACAGUUUGUACGACUCAUGUCAUUUAUGGGUUUGUUUCUCAUUGAAUUCUCAUUUUCUAUCUUGCAUGCAUAUUUUUUUUUUUUGUGUGUGUGUGUUAUUUGAUAAAUGUCUUUUAAAUUCUCAUAUUUGUAUGUUUCAUUUGAUUUCCUUUUACGAUGAUUUGUGUCUCGAGCAUAAAUUGUGUUCCUUGUUUAAAGGAAGAUGCAGAUCACGAUCAUUAUAGUUUUGUGAGCUUGGAACUGUUUUGGUGUCUUUUUUUUUUUUUUUUUUAUGCACCAGUACAAGCCAAAGAUAUCAUGUUAGGAAAAACUGUGAAAAAAUGGAAAAAUGAGGAAAUGGUAGAUUUGCAGCCCAGACAUAGACGUGUAAAGAAGCAGUAGAUGAAGCCAUGCACUUCCAAGCUCAUGUCUGUUAAACCUUUAUGUUUGUGGUUCAGUUUGUAAAGUCUCCAUCUUCCUUCACGUCUCUGAACAGAAAUCUAUGAUGGGGUGGACUAGUAGAGUUUAUCAUGUUUGUUUGUUUGUUUUUUUGUUGUUGUUGUUGCCUUGGUGUCCCCUGUAUGAAAUAAAAUAAAGCACUGUUAAACAUC